UUAGGGCACCACCAUCUCACACGCAAGCAAGAACCAGGAAAAUGAGUGGGAGCUGCCUUGCGGGAGAGGAGCUGGGGGUGGAUGCAAAUCCUUGUAUUUCUUUUUAAAUUGCAAAGUGUGGACGGGGAGGAGGGGGGUCGAUGCGGUGAGUGGGAAUUAAGAGAGAGGGAAAGAGAAAGAGAAAGAGAAAGAGAGAGAGAGAGAGGAGGGAGAGGGAGAGACAAACAGGCAUUGCAGUGCAGAAGGAAGGAAGGGGAUGCAAUGACAACCUGCGUCCCUGGCGCGGCGGCUGGGCUGACAUCUAUCAGCAGGAUUCUUCAGAUCCCGGUGAAAAACUGAUGGGGGUUUGAUGUGGAAGAUGGGAUCAACACCAAUGCAAAACUACCCGAGGAAUCUACUGGGCUGUUAACCUCAAUUCUGAAAAAACACGAUGGCAUUUCAAAAGAUUGUUGGAGGAGCAUUUCUUCUCGGGGGUAGUACGCUGACAACAGUUUUAGGUCUUUCUCAGAUAAUAGACUACAGGGCAAAGAAGGUCCGCCUUUCCUGUGUAGAAGCAUCGGAAGUGUUGAACAGGGAAUAUCCGGAGAAUGAACUCCCGCGUAGAGAAACUCAGCUCUUCACCCUGCAGACCACUAAAGAAUUUGAUGUCCUUAUUGUUGGGGGAGGGGCAACAGGAUGUGGCUGCGCUCUCGAUGCUGUUACUAGGGGUUUCAAAACUGCACUGAUUGAGAGAGAGGACUUCUCUUCUGGAACCAGCAGCAAAAGCACAAAACUUAUCCAUGGGGGAGUGCGAUACCUACAGAAAGCAUUCACAAAUUUAGACUAUGAACAGUAUAAGCUGGUGAAGGAGGCAUUACGAGAACGUGCCAACAUGCUUCAAAUUGCCCCGCACAUUGCAAAAGAAUUGCCUAUUAUGCUUCCACUUUACAAGUGGUGGCAAUUGCCUUAUUUCUGGGCUGGAAUAAAGAUGUAUGACUUUCUGGCUGGAAGUCUUUGUUUGAAACACAGUUACUUCCUCACCAAGUCAAGAGCGGUGGAACUCUUCCCUAUGCUGAAGAAAGAAAAGCUUAUCGGAGCCAUUGUGUACUAUGAUGGGCAACACGAUGAUGCGCGGAUGAACCUUGCGAUCGCUCUCACUGCUGCCAGGUAUGGGGCUGCCAUUGCCAAUUAUGUCGAGGCGGUGAAACUCCUGAAGAGCACGGAUCCGGAGACUAGCAAACAAUAUAUAUGUGGCGCUGAGUGCAAGGACGUCCAGACAGGAGAAAUAUUUGAGGUGAAGGCCAAGUGUGUUAUCAAUGCCACAGGACCGUUCACGGAUACAUUACGCCAAAUGGAUGACAUAGGAGUCAAGAAAAUCUGUGAACCCAGUGCUGGUGUCCAUGUUGUCUUGCCUGGCUAUUAUAGCCCUGAAGCAAUGGGUCUGUUGGAUCCAACAACAAGCGAUGGCAGAGUUAUAUUUUUCUUGCCGUGGGAGGGAAUGGUGAUCGCAGGGACCACUGACAGGCCGACGGAGGUCACAGCUAAACCCAUUCCGCACGAGGAAGAGAUUAACUUCAUUCUCAAUGAAAUACGCAACUACCUGAGCCCUGACGUCGAGGUAAGAAGAGGAGAUGUGCUUGCAGCCUGGAGUGGUAUCCGUCCGCUGGUAUCUGAUCCCAACUCGAAGGACACCCAGUCAAUCUCCCGCAACCAUGUUGUAACAGUAACGGACAGCGGACUGGUGACAAUUGCUGGUGGCAAAUGGACCACGUACCGUGUGAUGGCUGAGGAUGCAAUCGACAGUGCUAUCAAGGCCUGUAACCUGACGGCUAAACAUCCAUGCAAGACCACUGGGCUUCUACUGGAUGGUACCCAUAAUUGGUCUCCUACUCUGCAUAUCAGACUGGUCUCAGUAUACGGUCUGAGCACAGAGGUUGCACGGCAUCUUGCUCAUGCGUAUGGUGGCAGAGCGUUUGAGGUGGCGAAGUUAGCAAAAGUGACCGGAAAAAAGUGUCCUUUGGUUGGCAAGCGUUUGGUGGCUGAUUUUCCAUACAUUGAAGCCGAGGUGAUCUACGCCAUGAAGGAGUACGCUUGCACGGCGAUCGACAUCCUAGCCCGUCGCACGAGGCUCUCCUACCUUAACGUCCAGGCUGCCGAAGACGCGCUUCCACGCAUCGUGGAAAUAAUGGCUGCAGAAUUAAACUGGAGCGAGAAGCGGAUUAAGGAUGAACUAAAGGCUGCUCAGGAAUUUCUGUACUAUGAAAUGGGCUACAAGGUCCGAUCUGAUCAAUUAAGAAACACGGAAAUAAAUUUGUCACCUUUGGAUGUCGAUAGGUAUAAGAAAAGGUUCCAAAUGUUUGACGACAACGACAAAGGUUUUAUCACUAUUGUUGAUGUCCAACGAGUGUUAGAGAGUAUUGGGUAUCAGGUGGAUGAGAAAACCCUGCAUGAAAUGCUAACUGAGGUUGACAUAAACAAAAACGGACAGGUAGAACUCAUUGAAUUCUUGCAGUUGAUGAGUGCGAUCCAGAAUGGCUCGGUGUCUGGAAGCAGGUUGGCCAUUUUGAUGAAGACGGCCGAAGAGAAUUUGUGCCGACAAAACCCAAUUCCCGUGUCCCGCAGCGGAGGAGGCUUGUGAGUCUUGUUCCCCAAAUGGACCAUCGACCGUGUGGGAGGCUAUAAAUGUCUGCUGUGGUUACCGCUGCUGCUCAGCCUGGCAUAGCAAGACAUUCUUCCUUCAUCAUUGGAGAUAUCCUCCUGGUGCUCCUGCUCAAUGCAUCAAACCCUGUCGUAAAGUCUUUCCUUCCACCAUUGUGCUUCAUAAAUCCAGUAUAUUAUUUAAAAUAUCUUUAUAUGCAGUGUACAUUUUGAUAAACUCAAGCCAUUGUAAAAAAAAAAGUUUGUAUUUUAAUACGGGAUUAGUUUUUCCUUACUUGCGAAUACUGUCUGUGCUUGCUAAAAAGUAACUGGUGAAAGUAACUGGUAUUUAAUUAACAUUUUUGUUUCAAAAUGAUGAGCAGAUACCAUUAAUUUUAUGUGGACGGAGUUGUGAUGUGGGGUAUUUUUAUUGUCUGUUCCAAUGAUCACGCGUUUACAAAAUCUGAUAACUCAGUGGGUUCAAAAUAAUUCAUAUUGCAAUCAAACUUUGCGAGAGUGAGGUUUUCCCUCAUUUCAUAAUGUUUUUUUAAAUAACAAUCAAAUGUUUUUCUAUAAAGCCUGUUCCAUACGGAACCAUAUAACUAU